CUUCUUCUGCUGGUCACCAUGAUUUCGUUGUCUGAUGUCUAUCAUGUUGUGGCAGCCACAGUCCCUCUGUACGUAGCCAUGAUGUUAGCUUACAUCUCUGUAAAAUGGUGGAAGUUCUUCACAGCUGAGCAAUGUUCUGGAAUAAACAAGUUUGUGGCAAAAUUCUCAAUCCCACUGUUAUCAUUUCAAGUCAUUUCAGACAACAACCUCUACAAAAUGAACCUGCAACUGAUAUUGGCCGAUUUCCUUCAGAAAAUAUUGGCUAUUGUUUUGCUGGGAGCUAUCACUAAAAUCACCUCUCGGGGAGGCUUGCAUUGGAUUAUCACUGGUCUCUCUCUGUCAACCAUGCCAAAUACUCUAAUUCUUGGACUCCCAGUAUUGAAAGCCAUGUACGGCACUGAAGCAGAUGUGCUUCUUGCCCAGAUUGUUGUGUUACAGAGCAUUCUUUGGUACAACAUAUUACUGUUUCUCUUUGAGUUCACUACCACCAAAGCAGCUUCUUUAGCUCCAGCAUCAGAAGCCACAGAAAUUGAUAUAACUCAAGAAGAACGAGCCAAAGAAGAAAUUGAGGAGGCAAGAGACAGAAGCAGGAGGAGUCUCAAAACUAGGACCAUUCUCUUAACAGUUGCUAGGAAGCUCAUCAGCAACCCCAAUACUCAUGCAACUAUAUUGGGACUCAUUUGGGCAAGCAUAAGAUUCAGGUGGGGAGUAAAAUUGCCAGAAGUUAUUGACAGAUCAAUAACAAUUCUAUCAACUGGAGGACUUGGUAUGGCUAUGUUCAGCUUAGGACUUUUCAUGGGUUCGCGGAGUAGCAUUAUAGCAUGUGGUACAAAGAUGACACUGGUGGCCAUGGGAAUGAAAUUCUUGAUGGGGCCUGCACUUAUGGCAGCAUGCUCAUUUCCUCUAGGACUUAGGGGCAGAUUGCUCAAAGUGGCAAUUGUGCAGGCAGCACUUCCUCAAGGAAUUGUUCCAUUUGUCUUUGCCAAGGAGUAUAAUAUACAUCCAGAUGUUUUAAGCACAGGAGUACUCUUGGGCUUGCUCAUUGCACUGCCGGUAGCACUGGUCUAUUACUACUUGCUGUCAUUGUAACGCAUCAAAGCAACCAUGC